AUGCUGCUAUUAAACAACUUACCCUUUGCGUCAAAAGAUGUUGAAGAGUGGUCUUCUGCUGAACUUCUUAAAAAUGGACAUAUUACGAAUACGUAUGCUCGUGAUGGUGUCUUAGGGUUCCAUUCUCUCAAGAUAUGCAGCUCAAACGCCAAAAUCCUUGCACAGUACUUUCAAUUUUGUAUGGGGUUCAAAGAAAUAGCCUAUAAAGGUCUAGAAACAGGAAACAGCUUCACUGCCUCACAUGUAGUUCAGAAUGGAAGUAUUCUCAUUGAAAUUACCAACAUUAUUCGCGAUCUUGAGGAAGAUUCUGAAAUGCAACCCAAUUCUUGUUUCGAACCGCAAGUUAAGGAUAUUAUUGAUCACAAGAUCGAUAGUUUUGCAAAACGACACAGUAUUGAUGCUCCAACAAUCAAAUUAUCAAUCUUGAAACAAUUUGCCAUCAAAUUGAAAACACAUAGAGAGAACGAGAAGGAGCCUAAGUAUCGAGAAAUUUUGGCUGCGAAAAAACUCACGAGAGAGAAAAUCGACAUGAUCACUUUUCAAGAUUACAUCUCAAAACAUGGUGAUGGAGUCUUAGAUGUAUCAUUUCUAGUGGUUGAUGUAGUCAAAUCUUUUGAAAAGGCAAUUUCUGCUGGAGCAGUCAUGAUUGAAGAGCCACAUACUGAGACGGAUAAAUCUGGAAGUGUCAAAAUUGCAAUAAUUGGAGUACCCAAUACUGAUAUUCAACAUACCAUGAUUCAAAAUUUGGACUAUAAGGGAAAUUAUCUCCCAGGGUAUCAAGAUACCGAAGUAGAAGAAGAAGAUGGAGAAGAAAUGAAAGGCCACAAUGGUUUCAACUUUAAAUAUCUCUUGGAAAACUUACCCUCAGUGGACCUUGUCGAACUUGACCAUUGUGUAGAAAAUUAUACUUGGGAUGGAAUGAUGAAACAUGCUAUUUUUUAUGCAAAUGCAUUUGGAUUUCAUAAAUAUUGGUCAGUAGAUGAAUCUGAAGUUUUUACUGGAAACACUUCAUUGAAAUCUAUAGUUAUGGCUUCCAGUAAUGGCAAAGUAAAAAUUCCCAUAAAUGAACCAGGAGAAGGUAAAUUGAGAGGACAGAUUGAAGAAUUCUAUGAUUUCCAUGAAGGACCAGGUAUUCAACACAUUGCUUUACGCACACAUGAUAUUAUUUCCACAAUCAAGUCAUUGGUAAUUCGAGGGGUCCAAUUUAAUGACAUGUCGGAUGCAUACUAUGAAAAUUUGAAAAAUAGAAUGAAUACCGAUGGAGUCAAAAUUCAUGAAAGUCUACUGGAGUUAAAGAAAUUAAAUAUUCUUGUUGAUUAUGAUCCACUGACAAGGAAUAAACAUACAAAAUAUUGCAACUAUAUACUUCAAAUUUUCAGCAAACCUCUUUCGGACAGACCAACAUUAUUCAUUGAAAUUAUUCAAAGAAGACAUCAUAAUGGUUUUGGAAAGGGUACGUUCAAAGGACUAUUUGAAACUAUUGAGGCUCAACAGAAAUUAAGAGGCACUCUUGUUAAAUCUUCGCGAAAUAGAAAUAUUUAA